AUGGGACAUAAGCCGCUACCAUUAUUUCUUAUUGAACUGGCUCCUCAAGAUAACAACAAAAGUAUAUAUGAGAUUAAAACACUGCUUAGUACAAUAGUUAAAGUUGAACCACCAAGAACUAAAACAGAAAUACCUCAAUGCAUAAGAUGUAAAGCCUACGGGCACACUAAAAAUUACUGUAACAGAGAUCCUGCAUGUGUAAAAUGUGCAAAAAACCAUUUAACAGCGCUCUGUCCUCAUGAGGGCAAAAUAGAAAAAGUCAUAUGUGUAAACUGCAAUGCGGCUUGGAACAGCAACGGAUUACAACAACGAAUUCAAGAAACCAAAGCAUUCAUAUACACGCAUGAUAUAGACAUUCUACUCGUAUCUGAAACUCAUCUCACAGACAAAAAUUACAUAAAUAUUCCACACUACACCAUGUAUGACACCAAACAUCCUUCAGGUAAAGCGCAAGGUGGAACUGCUAUAAUUAUUAAGAGCGAGAUAAAACAUCAUCUACACAGUAAAACAGAAAACGAUUACCUUCAAGCCACCACAAUUACACUAAAAACACAAGGUAAUUCAAUUAAACUAUCGGCUAUCUACGCAUCGCCAAAAUUUAAAAUUACAAUCGACCAAUGGAAUAGCUUCUUUAAGGAAUUAGGUAAUAAAUUUAUAGUAGCUGGUGACUUCAACGCCAAACAUCCAUAUUGGGGAUCAAAAACCACUUCACCGAGAGAUAAAAUCUUAAACUCUUACAUAACGAACGCAAACCUAAAUAUCCUCACGACAGGUGAACCAACAUACUGGCCAUCAGCUUCUAAUAAAACCCCCGAYUUAAUAGACUUCGGCAUYCURAAARGCCUAAACCUAAUGCACUUCAAAACCAAAUCAUUAUUGGAUCUCAGUUCAGACCAUUCUCCUAUUAUAAUAACAUAUCAGAGCAAACCCUUACUAUACAAAAAAUCACCAACGCUAUGCAAUGGUAGCACAAAUUGGAUGAUUUUUAAAGAAACAUUUGAAUCAAAAUUAAACUGUAACAUCCCGCUCAAGACCUCUUCUCAAAUAGAUAAUGCAGUCAAUAACCUUACAGAUACAAUUCAAGAAGCAGCGUGGGCAUCUACAUCCCAAAAAGUUACUUCCAGAGAUUUUCCAACAUAUCCCAGCAAUAUUUUGCAUAAAAUAAAAAUAAAAAGUCAAGUCAAAGCUAGGUGGCAGAAAAACCAAACAAAGAGCAAUAAGAGACUACUAAAUAAAGUAACCAAAGACGUUAAGCAGAGUUUACGGGAUUAUAACAACGCCGAAUUUGAAAAAUACCUCAUUUCAAUUUCACCUCACGAGGAUACAAACUACUGUCUCUGGAAAACAACAAAGARGUUCAAAAGACCAAUAAAAUCAAUMCCAGCCAUAAGAAAUAUUGACGGCUCAUGGGCGAAAAGCACAGAAAAACAAGCGGAAACAUUCGCAAUAAACCUUGAAAAAAUAUUCACA